CCUAUCAAUACGAGGCCGUUUUGAUAAAAGCAAAACCCAGCAAACACAAAUCCCCGCCCACUUCCUCCCUCUUCCUCCCUCCUCCUGCCGCCCGCCGCCCGAACACACCACCGUAAGAAUCCCUGGCUGCAGUGCAGACCUCUCUCUCUGUCUAACGCAACUCCGCCAGUCCAAAGUGAGAAACGUUAACGGCGCCACAGAAAUGAAGGUCAGGGUGGUGUGUCGGAAAGUGUGUGAUUACAUUCGUUAUGAUCUGAAAGAGAUUGCAUUCCCAUCUUCGCUACCGGACCCUCCUCAUAUAAAGAAGCGUCGUAAGCUCACCUGGCAUGAGCGGUUCUUGGUUUUGAAGGAGGCUUCUAGGCUUUAUGCCGCCAGCUGGGUGCGGGAUGUUGGUCCUGAACUGCGACCUAAUGAUUAUAAGAAUGAGGAGAGUGAAGAUAGACCUGGUGGAGCACAAAGAACGGCUGAAGGGAAAGAACCCUCAACAUUAGAGGAUCUUGCUGUGGCCGCAAGAGGAGGAAUGGAGACGCUAAAGCCUGCUCUACAGCGCGUGUACAUGACAAGAGCUUCUGCAUAUCGGGAUGCUCUUCAAAGUUUUAUACAUGGGUACCAAGAAGGCAUCCAGCAGGUCAUGGAGAAAAAGGCAAAAGAUUCUAAAUCUCAACAAGAAAGUGAUAAAUCUACUUAACAGCUCUUGUUACGCUUCAUAGUUGUUGCUGCACUUACUGACAUUCUUCCGAAGUUAUGGGGUCAUUUUGCUGAGUUCCUUCGACAUGGUUCUUUCAAGCGGCUUGUUAUCUGUGUCGAUUACAAGUUCUCGAGCUCUACUUUUAGCUCAGUUUUAAGGACACCUGCCAUGGUUUUUCAUUUGAGAACUUGAAAGCAAGUUUAAGAAAUGUGAAUAUUAUGUAAAUCUGCAAUAAUUUUUUUCCCUGUUUUGAGACUCAUAAAAAAUCUGCUUUAUUGGAGUAAUUAAUUUUCACCUUGCCA